CUCCUCCUCUUUAUCAUCGGCCUCGAUGGAGGUUCUCUAGAUAACACGGCCCUAAUGAAUUGCCCAAAAAAUGAAACAAUCAGCAGCGAUUACAAAUCUAACAUCAAUAACCUUUUCAACUCUCUGUUAAACAACGGCGAUUUCGUCACCGGCUUCUCCAAUUCGAGUUCCGGCAUCGGUGAAACUGUCUACGGUCUCUUCCUCUGUCGCGGUGAUGUGAGUUCGUCAACCUGUACCAAAUGCGUGUCCACGGCAACGACGGGGGUAUUAAGUAUUUGCAGCGAAUCGAAGAAGGCAGUCGCAUGGUAUGACGACUGUAUGUUGAGAUACUCUAACGAAACAACCUUCUCGAAGCUCGAUCAAUCAGUAGAUGCACUGAUUAUGUCUUUGAUGAAAUUUUCGAAUUCAACUCGAUUAAAGGAAGUGUUGGGACAGGAUAAAUUAAACGAUGUCAUCAAUCGGGCUGCGAAUGACGGAUCAUUGAAAAAAUAUGCUGUCGGAGAGGCUGAUUUUAAUUCGACUAAGAAGGUUACAGUGCUCGGACAAUGCACGCCCGAUAUUUCCGCGGCGGAUUGUCAAACUUGCCUUCGAACAGCAAAUGCUAGUCUUGAAGGGGGUAUUGGAAUUUAUUACCCAAGUUGUGUUCUGUCGUUUGAUUUGGAAGAUAUUGCAUCCUCAGGAGGAGGUGGUGUGAACAUUUCUACCAAAAGAUUGGUGGCUAUCAUUGUUACAAUUUUUGUGGUGUUUGCUGGUCAAAUCUAG